GGAGACUUUCAUUACACACGGCAGUGCUGUAUGGUCAAACACCACAACAAUUUCAGCGCACAGUUUUCUCCGGACCGGCUUUAUGAUUAAGCUACAAUCUUCAAUGAGUAAGCAUAUCCCACAGUUCUGUGGUGUUUUGGGUCACACAUUUAUGGAGUUUCUGAAGGGCAGUGGGGACUACUGCCAGGCACAGCACGGCGUUUAUGCAGAGAAGUGAACAUUGAGCCUCGCUACCUCAUUGGAAGAGAGACUUGAGUUACAGUUUUAACGUUGGCGGGAACAGGCUUGGAGAGCGGGCUUCCAAAGCAGUCGGCGGGUCUGGAUGAGGUAAAAAAAAUCUCUUGAAGUGCACUGUCCUUAUCGGCCCUGCGUCUUCACCCUCACCAGAGGAGCAGUCUUGUUUUUUUUUAUAAUUUUUUGUUUUUCCUUCAUUUUUCUCACUGUAAAUCCAAUCCACCUCCACCAGGUCAUAUCUCUUUCUCCUGAUUGUAUCCGCCAAUUUUUGUUACAGGAGAGCAUUUCUCCCAUUCGUUUUUAAAGAUUCUGAAGCCAUUCUGAGUAGUCAAAAUGGCUCGUAUGAAUCGACCUGCACCAGUUGAGAUCACUUACAAAAACAUGAGAUUUCUCAUUACCCACAACCCCAAUAAUGCAACUCUUCACAAAUUCAUUGAGGAACUGAAGAAGUAUGGGGUGACCACUGUUGUUAGAGUUUGUGAAGCCACGUAUGAUGCAAACCUGGUGGUUAAAGAAGGGAUUCAGGUUUUGGAUUGGCCCUUUGAUGAUGGAGCUCCUCCCUCUAACCAGAUCGUUGAUGAUUGGUUAAAUCUGCUUAGGGUUAAAUUUAGAGAUGAGCCAGGUUGCUGUAUUGCUGUACAUUGUGUAUCAGGCCUUGGAAGAGCUCCAGUGCUAGUUGCCCUAGCCCUGAUUGAGUGCGGGAUGAAAUACGAGGAUGCUGUUCAGUUCAUACGGCAAAAGCGCCGUGGUGCAUUUAACAGCAAGCAGCUCUUCUAUCUGGAGAAGUAUCACCCCAAAAUGCGACUUCGCUUCAAGGAUUCCAACGGCCACCGCAGCAACUGCUGCAUUCAGUAGAAUUUUGUGGAUCAGCCUUUCUAAAAUGUGUAAUAUGAAUCUGCAUCUAACAUGAGUAGUUUGUUCUUUUAAUUGGUAACUGUGAGAAUACCUUUACAAAAAUUAAUCUUAUUUCAUUGCAAGU